AUGGCCGGAGCCGCCAUGGCCGAGCCGGGCGGCGGGCCGCCUCCCGCGCCCGGCACGGAGGGGCUGCCGCGCGCCUUCCUGCAGAGCCUGCGCACGCUCUUCGACAUCCUGGACGACCGGCGGCGCGGCCUGGUGCACCUGCGGGAGAUCGAGUCCCGCUGGCGGGGCGCCGACGCGCGCGAGCUGCCCCGCGGCGUGCUCGAGGGCCUGCGCCAGGUGGCCCCAGCCAGCGGCUACUUAACCUUCGAGCGCUUCGUGGCCGGCCUGCGCACCGCGCUGCCGAGCGCCGACGGCGACACGCGGGCCCCCGCGCGCGCCCCGGCCCGGGGAGGCUGCUCGGCGCGGCCCGGGGGCCAACCGCCGCCCCCGCGCCUGGUGUUCGCGCCGGCCGACGAGCCGCGGACCGUCCUGGAGAGGAAGCCCCUGCCCCUGGGCGCGCGCCCCCCGCCGGCUGGCCCAGGCGUCGCGAGUCGGAACCUGGAGAAGCCGUGCGGCCUGGCGGAGGCGGCGCCCGGUCCGGCGGAGCCCGAGCGGCCCCAGGGCGCGGCACUGGAGCGGAGCCCGAGCAAGGACACUGGAGCAGUGACCUGCAGGGCCCAGGAACUCGGCACGGGGGAUGCCCACUGGGGGCCCCGUGCCCGAGGGGAACGGCGGAGGCACACCAUCACCAACGGCGUGGACUGCGCCCUGCUGAAGCAGAUGAGGGCGCUGCAGCAGGAGCAGGAGGUGCUGCUGCAGGGUCUGGAGAUGAUGGCGCGGGGCCGGGAGUGGUGCCAGCAGCAGCUGCAGCGCCUGCAGGAGCGCCAGCGCCACCUGGGCCAGAGCCGGGCCAGCUCGGACCUUGGGGCUGAGGGCAGCCCCCGCCUGCUGGGGCAGCUGCUGCCUAAGGUGCAGGAGGUGGCCCGGUGCCUGGGGGAGCUGCUGGCCGCAGCCUGUGCUGCCAGGGCUCUGCCCUCGUCCUCCUCGGGGCCCCCGGGCCCUGUGUCACCCUCGGCCCCCAACUGGCAGCAGCAGACCAUCCUCAUGCUGAAGGAGCAGAACCGGCUCCUGACCCAGGAGGUGACCGACAAGAGUGAGCGGAUCACGCAGCUGGAGCAGGAGAAGUCUGCCCUCAUCAAGCAGCUGUUUGAGGCCCGCGCCCUCAGCCAACAGGACGCCGGGCCCCUGGACUCCACCUUCAUGUAG